UCCUAAAUGCAACCAAAUACGGGUAAUAGCUAAUAGCUAAUAGCUCAUAGUACAUUUAGCUAAUAGCAAAAUCGGUCGCCUGGCACUCAUCAUCUACCAUGUCGACGCGAUCGAAACACUUUCGAGACGGCCUACGUCUCCUCUUCUGGCUCCCACCUGCCCUCUUCUUCACCCGACACGUCUACUCGGUAGCCAGCGUGUCCGGAGCCUCUAUGCAACCGACUUUCAAUCCCGGACACGCUUCGGCUCCUCUCCACCACGACGUCGUCCUGCUCGACAGAUGGAGCGUGGCCCUGAACCUGUACAAGCGAGGGGACGUCGUCACGCUCUGGUCCCCGCAAAAUCCGAAAUUGAUGACGACCAAGCGAAUCAUCGCUUUGGAGGGUGAUCUCGUCCACCCGCUGCCCCCCUCCCCGCCUACACCUGUACGGAUACCUCUCGGCCACUGCUGGGUCGAAGGGGACUCGCACUACCACUCUCGGGAUAGCAAUACCUACGGUCCCGUCCCGCUCGGUCUGAUCACCGCCAAAGUUCCCUACUUGCUCUGGCCGAUGAAACGCUUCGGACCGGUCGACAUCGGCCCAGAACAGAAAGGGCGGGUACGAAAGAUCAAACAGAAGGCACUGGACGUCUAGGAUCUACGACAAGCGACAUUGCGCGAUCGCGGUUCAAGCUGCUGUGGGAUCAGCUCGAAGCAUUAUGCCUCCA